AUGCUGUACACACCUCUCCCAGUAUUUAUACUCAUGGUCGGCGUGGUCCUGUGCGCGCCUGAACGGAUGCAAAGUAAUCCAGAUCCGCAUGGACAACCCCCGACCGGCCAAGAUCCCCAUGAUGUCCACGUCUCACCUCUAGAGAAGAGAUCCCCGCAAUAUGACUUUGGUUUGGGCAAGAGAGCCUAUAGCUACGUAUCUGAAUACAAACGGCUACCCGUCUACAAUUUUGGAUUGGGUAAACGGUCCAGGCCCUAUUCUUUCGGCCUUGGCAAACGCUCAGCUGACGACUACCAAACUGUAGAAGAUCUGCCCAACGACAGCGAGCAGCUCGCUUUGGCGGAACUCUUCGACCAAUAUGAUGAUGCAGGUACUCAAGAGAAGCGUGCUCGGCCCUACAGCUUUGGUCUCGGCAAACGCUUCGCUGACGAUGAAACUUCUGAAGAGAAGCGAGCCAGGAUGUACGAUUUCGGACUUGGAAAACGCUUACCAAUGUAUAGCUUCGGUUUAGGCAAGAGGGCUAAGAGCUACAACUUCGGGCUAGGUAAACGAUUAAGCAGCAAAUUCAAUUUCGGCCUUGGAAAACGGCAAAGGGAUUUGCACCGUUUCAGUUUCGGCCUAGGAAAACGAUCGGCCGAAGAUACGGUACCCGAAGACGGCAACAAUUACUUUGAUGAUUAA